GCUGGGAUUUCUCUAUAUAUACGGAUACGCUCAAAUCCAUAUUUCCAUCCCCUGCAGGCAGCAGCAUAUCUGUCUAUCUUUCUAAAAGUGGAGUGCGAAACGACAGAAAGCUCCAGCAGUGGUGCCCUGCUUUGCGAUUUUGUUGUCGGAGGGUGAAAUAUGGGUGUUGCCGAUGCGGAUGUGGAGAAAUUAGGUAGAAAGAAGAAGAAAACGAGCAGUAACAUCUCAUUCGCGUCGAUUUUUUUGCAUGCCGAUGCUUCGGAUAUGGUGUUGAUGAGCCUUGGAUUAUUUGGUGCAUUUGUUGACGGAGUUUCCAUGCCUGCCAUGCUUUUAGUUACUGGAAAGCUCAUGAACAGUUUCGGAAACUCUCAGCUUUCGGUUGCUGAAACUUUCAUUCGCAACGUCAAUAAGAAUGCAUUGGCUCUUUGCUACAUAGCUUGUGUGCAAUGGAUUGGCUGCUUCCUUGAGGGAUACUGUUGGACAAGAACAGCACAGAGACAAGCUUCAAGAUUAAGAACAACAUACUUGAAAGCUGUAAUGAGGCAAGAUAUUGGCUACUUUGAUUUACACGUAACAAGCACAAAUGAGAUCAUUGAAAGUGUCUCCAACGACAGUGUACAAAUUCAAGAUGCUAUAAGUGAAAAGGUACCGGUUUUUGUGAUGAACCUGUCGGCAUUCUUUGGGUCCUAUUUGGUGGCAUUCAUAUUGUUGUGGAGAUUAGCAAUUGUGGGAUUUCCAUUCACAGUAUUUUUAGUGAUACCAGGCUUGAUGUAUGGGAGAACUCUGAUGAAUAUAGCAAGGAAAAUCAGGGAUGAGUAUAAUAAAGCCGGUGCAAUUGUGGAACAGGCCCUUUCUUCAAUUCGUACAGUUUAUUCAUUUGCAGGGGAGAGCAAGACUAUUGCCUCAUACUCUGCUGCACUUCAGGGGACUGUGGACUUGGGAUUGAGGCAAGGGUUAGCCAAAGGUUUAGCCAUUGGCAGCAAUAGCGUAGUCUUUGCAAUUUGGGCUUUCUUGUCUUAUUAUGGUAGUAGGAUGAUCAUGUACCAUGGAGCUCAAGGAGGCACUGUCUUUGCUGUUGGAGCUGCAAUUGCCCUUGGUGGAUUAUCAUUAGGUGUCUGUUUGUCCCACCUGAAGCACUUUGCUGAAGCAAGUGCAGCUGCAGAGCGCAUAAAGGAGAUCACAGAAAGAGUCCCCAAAAUCGACUCUGAAAGUAUGGAAGGAGAGCUCCUGCAAACUGUGUACGGGGAAGUUGAAUUCAAGCAUGUCAAAUUCGCUUACCCUUCGAGGCGUGAAAGCAUAAUAUUCGAAGAUUUCAACCUGAAGAUCCCAGCAGGAAAAACUCUUGCAUUAGUUGGAGGAAGUGGGUCAGGAAAAUCCACUGUGAUUGCAUUAUUGCAAAGAUUUUAUGAUCCACUUGGUGGUAAAAUUCUUCUUGAUGGUGUUGCAAUCGACAAGUUGCAGCUAAAGUGGCUAAGGUCACAAAUGGGACUAGUUAGUCAGGAGCCGGUCCUCUUCGCUACCACCAUUAAAGAGAACAUAUUAUUCGGCAAAGAAGAUGCAUCCAUGGAGGAGGUUAUAGAGGCUGCUAAAGCUGCUAAUGCCCAUAACUUCAUCACUCAGCUGCCUCAAUGCUAUGACACUCAGGUUGGGGAGAGAGGAGUGCAGAUAUCUGGAGGACAGAAGCAGAGAAUAGCAAUUGCUAGAGCUAUUAUCAAGGCACCUAAAAUUCUCCUACUCGACGAAGCCACGAGUGCACUAGACUCAGAAUCCGAGCGAGUGGUCCAAGAAGCUCUCGACAAGGCAGCAGUGGGACGCACCACUGUUGUCGUAGCUCACCGUCUCUCCACCAUCUGCAAUGCAGACCUGAUCGCCGUGGUCCAUAAUGGUCAUGUCCAGGAGUCGGGUUCGCACGAUGAGCUUAUGAAAAACAACCAAGGCCUGUUCGCUUCCUUCGUUCAAAUCCAACACAUUGAGGAUACUAAAGAGUACAUGGAUACCAACACCACUAGCCCUUCAUGCAUUUCAAAAAGCGACAUACAUAGCGCUAGCAGUAGAAGGGUGUUGACAGCCAGUUCAUCAAGCUCAACGAACUUGGCUGAACCGGGAUUAGAAAUAGGAAGCACGCCCAAUGAUCGAGCAUUGCCAGCGCCUUCGUUCACAAGAUUGCUGGCUAUGAAUAUGCCGGAAUGGAAGCAAGCAACGCUAGGGUGCAUAAGUGCAAUACUGUUUGGUGCUAUCCAGCCUCUGUAUGCAUUCUCGAUGGGUUCGAUGAUAUCGGUCUAUUUCCUGCGCGAUCACGCAGCGAUCAAGGAGAAGACGGAGAUGUACGCACUGUGCUUCGUCGGGCUCGCAGUCUUUUCGCUCGUGAUCAACAUCUGUCAGCACUACACCUUUGCUUCAAUGGGCGAGAACUUGACAAAACGGAUCAGAGAAAGAAUGCUGUCAAAGAUCCUCACUUUUGAAAUCGGAUGGUUUGACAAGGAUGAAAAUGCUACCGGCGCUGUAUGCUCUCGACUCGCCAAAGACGCCAAUGUGGUGAGAUCUUUGGUAGGCGAUCGGAUGGCGCUGUUCAUACAGACAUUCUCGGCCGUAAUCAUCGCCUGCACGACGGGGCUCGUCAUCGCAUGGAGGCUAGCAUUGGUGAUGAUAGCAGUGCAGCCUCUAAUCAUAAUCUGCUACUAUUCUAAACGUGUACUGCUCAAGAACACAUCACAGAAGUCCAUCAAAGCCCAAAACGAAAGCAGUAACCUCGCCGCAGAAGCCGUCUCCAAUCUUCGAACCAUCACAGCUUUCUCUUCGCAAACCCGGAUUCUCAAAAUGCUCGAAAAAGCCCAAGAAGGACCUCUAACCGAAAGCAUUCGCCUGUCGUGGCUUGCCGGGAUCGGCCUCGGAACCUCCCAAAGUCUCAUGACCUGCACUUGGGCCCUCGAUUUUUGGUUCGGCGGCAAACUCAUGGCAGAAGGCUUCAUCGGCGCGAAGUCGCUGUUCCAAACUUUUAUGGUCUUGGUAAGCACAGGUCGCGUCAUAGCCGACGCUGGAACGAUGACGAACGAUCUCGCCAAAGGAGCCGACGCAGUCAGGUCUGUUUUCGCCGUGCUCGACCGCUACACCUUGAUCGAUUCUAACGAUCGCGACGGAUACAAACCGGAGAAACUCACCGGCCAUGUUGAGCUGCAAGACGUCGAAUUCGCCUAUCCGGCGAGGCCAAACACAAUGAUCUUCAAAAGCUUCUCAAUCGACAUCCCGGCAGGGAAAUCGAUCGCCCUCGUGGGACAGAGUGGAUCGGGGAAGUCGACGAUAAUCAGCCUAAUCCAGAGAUUCUACGAUCCUCUAAAAGGCGCCGUUCGGAUCGAUGGGCGAUGCAUCAAGUCGUACCAUCUAAGAACACUGAGACAACACAUUGCAUUAGUCAGCCAAGAGCCAACGCUAUUCGCGGGCACCAUAAGGCAAAACAUCAGCUACGGAUCGUCAUCGUCAGACAACAUCGACGAAGCGGAGAUCGUCAAAGCGUCGAAGGCGGCAAAUGCGCACGAAUUUAUCUCCGGAUUGAAAGACGGAUACGACACUUUCUGUGGCAGCAGAGGCCUGCAGCUGUCCGGUGGGCAGAAGCAACGAAUCGCGAUCGCGCGCGCCAUGCUUAAGGAUCCGGCGAUCUUAUUGCUUGACGAGGCGACGAGCGCAUUGGACACGAAGUCGGAGAAAGUCGUGCAGAGUGCUCUGGAGACAAUGAUGGUCGGGAGGACGAGCAUCGUGGUGGCUCACCGGCUGAGCACCGUGCAAAAUACCGAUAGUAUCGCGGUUUUGGAGAAAGGUAGAGUUGUUGAAAUGGGAAGCCAUAGUUCAUUGCUGAGUAAAGGACGUGAUGGAGCUUAUUAUUCACUCGUUAGCCUUCAGACAUCUCCUACGAUGAAUCAAAGUACGUAGUUGUGUUGAUUAUAUCUUGUGUUGUAAUGUGUUUUCUUGCAGCUCUAAGGGCUGUUCUUUCUUUUAAAAAAGACUUGUGUACUGUUUUUAUACUUAUAUUUUUGUAAAACAUACGUAAGAGCAAUAAGAAAGGUCUCUGUUUUGCAUAAAAAGUUGUAUUUGGAUCACAUUGUUAAGACGGGGAUCCGAAUCGAUACAAGAUCAAUACCCA